AUGUCUUUUCUCCUACGAACCACCCCUCUGCUCCGCACCUCGGUAGCCCGCCAGUCGACACGAUGCUUCUCUACCACAUUAGUACAGCAGAACACCGUCAAAGAUGCUGCGAAGAAGGUCGAUAGAGCUGUGUCGGAUACGCUCGUCAAAGGCAUCGACAAAGGCAUCGAAGCCAAGGACGCAGUAGCCGAGACCGCCGGCAUGUCGACGGGUGAGGCCAAAGGCAAAGCUGAGGAGCUCAAGGGCGAGGCAAAGGGCAAAGCAGAAGAACUGAAGGGCAAGGCCAUCGGCGCCAAAGAAGAGGCCAAGGCGAAGAUUUGA